AAAUCCAAAUUCUGGAGCUUCCUUUCCCACCCAAACUAAACCGCUCCUUGUACUUUUCCCAGAUUCAAAAUCCCGCCUCCAUAAAUUUAUCAAUAAAACCCUAAAUCCAAAAAUUCAUCUCUUAUUUUCAAUCUUCAGCAUCCAUAUUCCCCUCGCCGGCGCCCCUCCCCUCCCUUCCGCUUCAAGGCUAAGGUGAAAGAUGGCUGGAAAAGGAGGCAAAGGGCUUUUGGCAGCUAAAACCACGGCAGCUAAUAAGGACAAGGACAAGGAUAAGAAGAGGCCUAUUUCCCGUUCCUCUCGUGCCGGUAUUCAGUUUCCUGUUGGUCGGAUUCAUCGGCAUCUGAAGCAAAGGGCAUCUGCCAAUGGGCGAGUUGGUGCCACUGCUGCUGUCUAUUUGGCUUCUAUUCUCGAGUAUCUGACAGCAGAGGUUCUUGAGUUGGCUGGAAAUGCAAGCAAGGAUCUGAAGGUCAAGAGGAUCACACCAAGGCAUCUGCAGUUGGCCAUUAGAGGUGAUGAAGAACUUGACACGCUCAUCAAGGGAACUAUUGCUGGUGGUGGAGUGAUCCCUCACAUCCACAAAUCUCUGAUCAACAAAACAACCAAAGAUUGAUCUCAAGUCGUUUGCCACUGAGCAAUUAUCUGCUUUAUGUGACUUUGUUUAGGAUAAUGUAGGUUCUUUUAGUAUUUGUUGGUGCUUGUCUAGGAUAUCUUGGUAAGUACAUAUAACAUUCUGACAUUUAGGGUUGUGUCCUCUAAAACUGGUAUCUUUAUUUAGAGUAGGGAUGCUAAUUUGUUGGAUUGUUUAAGUUAAAUUUGUUAGCUUCUCUUGAUUAA